AUGCGUGCCGGAAUUAUAGGAGUGCUUGCAGGCAGCGUCAACUUGGCGCUAGCCACCAAGUUCUGGACCAACUCCAGUAUCCCAGCCGUAAUUCCGUCUACUACUUGGACCACCGAGGUUGUUACAGCCGUGACAACAUACUGCCCAGCACCUACUACCGUCACAUACAACGAUCAGACAUACACGGUCACCUCUGCCACUACUCUCACCAUUACCAACUGCCCCUGCACAAUCAGCCGACCUGUUACAACCGUCCCUGCCCCGGCUACUACCACCAAAGUCAUCACAGCCAUUACCACAUAUUGUCCAGAGCCGACAACACUCACGUUUACUGACACAACAAUCACUGUCACCAGUCCAACUACUCUUACCGUCCCCUGCAGCCCAACCACUGUUACCAUCCCCGUCAAGCCUACUACAAGCACCCCGGCUCAGCCCAGCAGCAGCUGUGUCGAUACCUGCAACGAUGCUUAUAACAAGUGUCGUAUCCAGCCCGGUGCCAACCGCUCAACCUGCGCAGCCCAGUAUGCCAGCUGUCUUGGCUACAACCCAUUUGCUGGAAACGGAACCCUCGUUACCCCAACCGCCUGCUCUCAGGCGCCUCCGCCUCCUGUGAAGACCAGCAGCGGCUUCUUCCCCAACGGCACUGUCACGACAACCACCACCGUCGUCACUGCCAUCACCACCUACUGCCCAGUCCCCACAACUCUGACCUACAACAGCCAGACCUACACUGUCACGCAGCCGACUACGCUCACAAUCACCAACUGCCCAUGCACGGUCGUGACCACCAAGCCUGUCGUGCCAGUCGGUCCCACGUCCACCAACGGUCCCUUCCGACCUACCAGUGUCGGCGGCUCGCAGCCGAGCGGCUCCUCUCAGCAACAGCAGCCUGCGCCAAGUGGUUCCUCGCAGCAACAGCAGCCUACGGUUUCCGGAUCUCAGACCAGUGCCGGUGGCCCGAACCCAAGCGGUUUCACGCAGCAGCCUGCGGUCUCCGGGUCUCAGACUAGCGCUGGCUCACCUGCAAACCCCAACCAGACGCCCACCGGGGGCAAUGCUCCCGCUCAGACUACUGCCGUCCCCGCUGGCGCAGGAUCAGUCGGCCCUGCCAAGGUCCUAUUGGCCAUCGGUGUCGUUGCUAUGCUCUAA